AUGAACGUCAUACGGACAGCAACCAUUCUACGAGUACCAACGACACGACCACUCCCGUUCUCACCGCUCCCCCGAUCCCAUAUUCCACCUAUUUCCCCCCGACGAUCCAUCUCCAGUAUCACCACAAUCCUCGCCACCAUGCCAGCAGAAGACCCAACCCUCCUCUCCUCCACAACCGUCCUAACAACCUCGAUAAUAACCUUCAUCUCCGGCUUUUUGUUAGGUGUCUAUUCCCUAACCGGCCACCUCAUCCCCCCCUCCCUCCGCCACGAGCGUGAAGCCCAAUGGAAAGAUCCCGUGGAAUCAGAAGAAAGCGACAUUGACGAGGAAGACACAAUCCUCGACCACGCCCCCAACUGGUCCAAUGGUUUCGAGGCAGACAAAAAACAGGGAUUGCGCGCCAGCACCUCUCAACCGAUAACCGAGGAGUGCAAGCUUGUGCUGGUGGUGAGGACUGACUUGGGCAUGACGAAGGGGAAAAUUGCUGCCCAGGCUGGCCACGCAACGCUGGCUUGCUACAAGACGUUGAGCAAAGCUGCCUCCAAAGACCCAAACGGAAAGGCGGCACAGAUCCUCAAGGCGUGGGAGCGGCGCGGGCAGGCCAAGAUUGCGGUUCAGGUCAAGAGUGAGGAGGAGCUUUUGUUGCUGCAGGGGACGGCGAGGAGCUUGGGGAUUACGGCUGAGGUGAUUGCCGAUGCGGGGAGGACACAGAUUGAGAGUGGGAGUUUGACUGUUCUUGGUGUUGGGCCCGCGCCAAAGAGCGAGGUGGAUGGUGUUACCGGCGGGCUGAAGCUUUUGUAA